AUGCCCUACCCGCGGCCUGUCUCCCCAGUCUCCCUCGAAACAUGCAUGCCUUCACCCUCCGAGCUAGAUUCGGAUGACCUCCUUGCCUCGGAUGAGGAGCUGGAUGACGCUGCCCGAGCUGCAAAGCGCCAGCGGGUUGAGAAGUUGGCGGAGUCUUAUCUGCAGGGCAAACCAUUGUUGAUUCUCUCUGCGUCGCUGCGGGGCCCUUUCCAUGAUGGAUGGACCAAUCCGUGGAAGAAGCACAGGACACGCGGGACCGGCGCACCAGUGAGGGUUCGCCAGACAAAUGUCCCCGAGCCGGUGGUCCAGGAGACUGAUUUGCGGGCUCCUAAAUACCGGGAGGGUCUCUUGGUCAGCACUCGCUACCCGGAGAUCCCUACGACAUCUUGCAACUCCCCUAGGACCUCGGUGCAAGCUGGAGACCGUUCUUCGCCUUCGAAAUCGCCACGGAGACAACCCAAGGAACCCACCCCGCGCCCGGGGUAUGGCGGACAAAAUGGAGCACUGCGACGGUCUCCCACCAAAUCGAAGGAACUGCCGUCGUCGGCAGUAGGAGACCAAUCAAUAAUGCCGCCUAGGACAGCGGACUGGCUGAAGAAGGAUCGGAAGCUCAUGAACUUCACCAAGUUCGAACCGCCGAGCUCGCCAACAAUAUCCGUGGCCUCUCGUCAGUCAGAUAAAGCCCGUCGACCAAUGUCUCGCUCUGUUCAAGUCCAGGUCCCACAGACGCCGGGAUCGCCAGAAAAAUACCCUCCUCUCAAACCUGUCCCAGCGAAGACAGCCCAGAGUGCUAGUGCAAACUCGAAUGGGCACAUGUCACCACGGUCGACUCAAUCGGGGACCUCUAACUCACCCAAAGUUCCUGCCGUUCCCAAAGUAUCACCAUUCAAACAAUAUCAACUAUCUCAUUUGUCACAGGAAGCGUCUCUCCGAAUCGUCAAUUCCUCCUCCCAGCUGCCGAGGUUUGAAUAUCGGAGGUGGCUCCGUGAACAUUCGAGUCAGCAGGAGAAGACUUCUCCUAUGCAAGAUGAAAGUAUCUUGCAAGAAGAGACUUUUUUGCAGGAGGACAGCCCUCUGAAAGAAAAGUCCGUAAUCGACCCCGCACCCGCUAGACCUAGUCCCGCUAAGGAUCAAGCAUUGGAUCCUGUUGAGCCUGCAGCUGAGCCUGAGCCCUCUGCUCCCGAAGAAAUAGCAGUUCACAGUGAGGACCCUAUAAAGAAAGAUGCGAGCCAUAAGACUUUGUCGAAAGAAACCAGGUUCGCAGACGAGGAAGAUUUCAUAGAAAACAACGUUGCGGAAAAUCAGGUAGCAGGGGAAGAUGUACCAGGGGAAGCUGUAGCCGAGAAAGAGGCCGCAGCGGAAGUUAUUGCAAACGAGCAAGAUACAUCGACAUUUCAAAACACAGAUAUCUCUGGACCAACCGAGCAGAACACCUAUGAUCUCCCUUCCGCCCAACCAGUACCAGCACCUUUGGGAGUCUCAGAUCGGGUAACGUCAUUGCACUCCACGGCUUUGCCAAGAGGAGAUUCAGGACAUGACUCAACCUCAAGCCCCGAUACCCAGCUUUCGACCCAGGCUGCCCUUUUGCAUGCCCAGAAGUCUUUUCAAGACGACUUGGACAGUCCGGAAUAUUACAAUCAACAUACGCCGAACCCGGACCGAGCUGUGCAUUCACCCAAUGCUUCACUUCACUCAGCAAAUGUCACUCCAUUCUACCGUCUAGACGAGUCAAUUCGACGUGAUUUAGAGCGAAGUUCCAGAUCCACGAACAAGGAUGGAAUGCAAGCAAUGAGCACGCAAUUCAUGCUUGAUGCAGCUACACCUUUCAAUUUCAGCACCGAGCAAGCUGGUCAAGAUCGGAGUUUUAAACCCACGAACAGAAAUAUGACGCAAGCAAUGAAUACACAGUUCAUGCUCGAUGCAGCUACACCCUAUGCUUUCAGCACAGAGAAGAGGCAGCGUGCAUCUCGGCCAGACUCAGGUUCACCUAUGGCAAGAAACUCCAAGAGAAAAAGGACGGCCAAUUUCGGAAGUCCCUCCCGUUCUACCGGCAGUCGAUCAACAUCUCUCGACAACGAAUACCAUACUGCGGAAUCCCAAUCAGGGGAAGAUGAAGAAAGUCCGCAGCCAGUGACCCAACAGUUGGAUCACCAACCAACUUACCAAUCCGCAACAGAGGUCGCAUCCUUGCCCCUCACCCUAAACGAAUCGAUGCCAACAACAGGCCAGGAUGGACAAGGUGUCCAACAGGGAAUGGAGAGUUUCAAUCUCAGUCAGGCAAUUGCAGAUGCUGGUAGCUGGCUGCAACAAAGUUUUGAUUUCAUGAAGGAUAGCGGCCGGAUUCCUACCUCUGACACGCAACCUUCCCCUUUGAACAUGGAUCUAUCUCAAUAA